GUGAUAUAUUUCGUAUUCUCACUUAAUAUUUUGCCAAAUAAUCGAAAUGAUCUGCCGUACCUUAGCUAAGAUGAGCUGGCGUGAUCAGGGCAUCACUUAUGUGAAGUAUCUAAAUGUCUGCACAGAGGCGCUGCAUUUGUGCACCAUUCCAAAGGCCCGUGCUAAGUAUGAGCGCUUUUCGAACCCAAAUUAUUCUGCCUACAUGCCGGAGAGUACAGGUGGAAUGCAGGAAAUCACAAAGGUGCCAAUUUUUACGAAGGACUACUAAUCGAAUAUCACAAGCAGAUACUUUUGGCUUGAUCAUGUGAUUACAUCCUUUUCUUUUCUUCUUGCCUUUAGCUUGAGGUAUCGAAAAUAUCUACUAGGUUUUAGAAAGGUGUGCACUCAUAAAAAGGUGCACUCCCUUUUGUGGGUUUGUAGCUGAAUGUCUUCUUUUUGUUGUAUUA